UUUACAAAAAUAAUGAAAGUUUCGUUGUUAUUUCUUGUUUUUACUGUGUUGUUAUGCGUAAUUCACGCACUGCCGUUUGAUGGAUUCGAAGAUGCGAAUGAAUUGGAGUUUUGGCAGGGAACAAACGAUGGUGAUGGAGUGCGACAGCGCCGAGUUACGUGUGACUUGAUGAGUUACGGUGGAAAAGUUGGUCAUGCUGCUUGUGCUGCCAAUUGUUUGAGUAUGGGCAAAGCUGGUGGAAGGUGUAAUGACGGCACUUGCCAAUGUCGCAAAUUUAUUUUGAUGUGA